CGGUUCAUGUUGGCGGGAGCCGAGCGGGCAGUGCGUGCGUCCUCGCAGUCGGGCCUGGGCGCCUCGGGCCGGCAGGAUGCGGGUGGCUGUGGCCGGCUGCUGCCAUGGCGAGCUGGACAAGAUCUACGAGACGCUGGCGCUGGCGGAGCGGCGUGGCCCGGGGCCCAUCGACCUCCUCCUGUGCUGCGGCGACUUCCAGGCGGUGCGCAACGAGGCCGACCUGCGCUGCAUGGCCGUGCCGCCCAAGUACCGUCACAUGCAGACCUUCUACAGGUAUUACUCUGGAGAGAAAAAGGCCCCAGUUCUCACAAUCUUCAUUGGGGGAAACCAUGAAGCCUCAAAUCAUUUGCAGGAGUUACCCUAUGGAGGCUGGGUGGCACCAAACAUUUACUACUUAGGUUUGGCUGGUGUGGUGAAAUACCGAGGUGUGAGGAUUGGCGGAAUCUCGGGGAUCUUCAAAUCUCAUGACUAUCGAAAAGGUCAUUUUGAAUGUCCCCCUUAUAAUCCAUCUACAAUAAGAAGUAUAUAUCAUGUGAGAAAUAUUGAAGUCUAUAAAUUAAAACAGCUGAAGCAGCCUGUAGAUAUAUUCUUAUCUCAUGAUUGGCCAAGAAGUAUAUAUCAUUAUGGAAAUAAGAAGCAACUUCUUAAGACUAAGUCUUUUUUCCGACAAGAAGUGGAAAAUAACACGUUAGGAAGUCCUGCCGCUUCCGAGCUUCUAGAGCACCUGAAGCCUGCGUACUGGUUUUCCGCACACCUUCACGUGAAGUUCGCAGCCUUGAUGCAGCAUCAGGCCAAGGAUAAAGAACAGACAGCCAAAUCAACCAAAUUUUUAGCCUUGGACAAAUGCUUACCACAUAGAGACUUCCUUCAGGUAUUAGAAAUAGAACACGACCGCAGUGCCCCUGACUACUUGGAGUAUGAUGUUGAGUGGCUCACUGUUCUCAGGGCUACUGAUGAUCUCAUUAAUGUGACCGGGAGCCUGUGGAAUAUGCCUGAAAAUAACGGCCUGCAUACAAGGUGGGAUUAUAGUGCAACAGAAGAAGCUAUGAAGGAAGUGUUGGAAAAAAUGAAUAAUGACCUCAAAGUUCCGUGUAAUUUUAGCAUAACAGCUGCUUGUUAUGACCCUAGCAAGCCACACACGCAAGUGCAGCUGGUUCAUAGGAUCAAUCCUCAGACUACUGAAUUUUGUGCCCAGCUUGGUAUCACAGACAUUAAUGUCAGGCUUCAGAAGGCCAAGGAAGAACAUCACUUGUGUGGUGAAUAUGAGGAGCAGGAUGAUGUAGAGAGCGCUGACUCUGGAGAGGACCGGAGUGAAUACAACACGGACACAUCUGCACUGUCGUCUAUUAAUCCAGAUGAGAUAAUGCUAGACGAGGAAGAUGAAGAUGAGGAUAAUAUUGUAAAUGCAGACAGCAACGUCACUACACCACCUGCAGAACCUUCUUCUGAUCAAGCUUCUGACUUCUCUGCAAGUUUCUCUGAUGUCAGGAUCUUGCCAGGUUCCAUGGUUGUGUCUUCUGAUGAUACCCUGGGUUCCCCAGCUGGUGGAGAGGGGAAACUUGAUAGGGCUGUGGAAUCAGAGGACAGCAAGGACUUAACAGAGGAGCCGCUGAAGAGGCUGAGUGACGAACAUGAACCUGCACAAAGAAAGAAAAUUAAGAGGAGAAAUCAGGCCAUCUAUUCUGCAGCUGAUGAUGAUGAUGAAGCAGCAACAUAAGGCAGUGUACUUGUCUCAGUAUUGUAUUAUGUACAUAUGUGAUUUUGGAGACUCCAUUUUUUAUAAUUGGAUUUUUGACUCAGGCUUAACUUUGUAAUAAUGAGAUUAUCCCUGGAAAUUCCAGGUAAAUAUUUACUUUGGUCUUUAGGUCUUUGUAUGUUUCAUAUAUGAACAUUAAAAUUUCAUAUAUUUGCUUGA